AUGAGGCAGAGCUGCAAAGAAGAGGUGUCCAUGUGCCGGCAGAGCUGCCAGCUCUGCAGGAGGACGGGGAGGGAGAAAGUUGGCACCACUGGGAUAUCUCUGCCAGGCUGGUUGUUUGCUGCUCCUGCUCCCUACGUGCAGCUCUCUGUGCUGGACCCAGAGAAACUCAGGUAUUGCAGGGUGGAGCUGCAAUACCACCGCCGCCUCGCAACGGAGCAUCUAGAAGAGCACAAGGGCUGCCAUGACCUGGAGGAGGGCUGGCUCCUGGCGCAGAGAUUUGGAGAGGGAGGAGAUAAGCUGGUCCCAGUCAAGACUGUGGAGAGGAUCCAGUGGCAGCAGCAAAUGUUUGGGGUUGAUUAUAAACCCGCGGUCAGCUGGGAACAAGUGGUGGAUUUGACAUACUCCAUGCGGCUCGGAGGGAAACCCAGGCUUAUGGAGCAGGAUGAGGCUGCGGUGCAGAAGUUUCGGUCCCUGCCGCCGGCCUGGCGCUAUGAGUGCGACGUGGAGCUGGUGCGCUUCCUGUACGAUCACAGCGAGAGGGAGCUGGAGAGACUGGACUGCAUCAAGGAACACGUCAACAGCCUCGUCGUCUCUUCGCAGGCUGAGGGCUUCAAUGCAUCCCAUCUGACGGACGGCCAAAGAGACACCUACUGGGAGAGCGACGGGCCCCUGGGGGAGCACUGGGUGCGGCUCAACAUGAAGAAAGGCACCGUUGUCAAGAAGCUGUGGCUGACGCUAGAGUUGCAGAUAUCAUCCUUCGUACCUAGACGGGUGGCUGUGUAUGGCGGGGCACUGAACAGGUUGCAACAUCUGCGAACCGUCUUAAUCAGCGAGAGCAGCUACCAGGACGUGUGCAUCCUCCGUGACAUGAAAACCCACAUGCCGGUCCUCGAGAUCCGCAUCCUGGAGUGCCGGGACGACGGGUGCAACGUUCGCCUGCGAGGGAUUAAGAUCAAGUCCUUCUGGGAGUGGGACCUGGUCCUCAACACAGACAUGUUCCAGCCGGCCAGGCUGGUGCGGUAUCCCCUCCUGGAAGGGGUGGACGCAGACAUGCUGUACCGGCGGGCCGUGCUCAUUCAGAGGUUUGUCACGCUCCUGGACAGCGUCCUGCAUUACCUGAUCCCCAUCUCGGACCAGAGCAUUAGCACCUUUAGCGUGCUCAAGAGGAUCUUCCUGCUGCUGUCCAAGCACUGCUCGGCCCUCAUCACCCAGUUUCUGCAGGCCACGCAGAGCUCUGCACCUCAAACCCUGCCAAAGCUGUACAUCAACAGGUACCUGGCCCAGGAGCACCGUGCCAACCCUGCGCUGGACCCCCGCUGCAAGAACGCUGUCUUCACCCAGCUGUAUGAAGGCCUCAAAGCUUCGGGCAACAGCAAUCAUCCCAUGGAUUAUAGGUGGCCCCUGAGCUAUGACCGGUGGUGGGAGUGUGAGUUCAUCACAGAGGGCAUCAUCGACAACGGCGGUGGCUUUCGGGAUAGCCUGGCGGACAUGUCGGAGGAGCUGUGUCCCAGUUCCGCCACUGCUGCUGUGCCCCUGCCUUUCUUCGUGCGCACGUCCAACCAGGGUAACAGUGCCGGUGACACCAGGGACAUGUAUGUCCCCAACCCCUCCUGCAAGGACUUCCCCAAAUACGAGUGGAUCGGGCAGCUCAUGGGAGCAACUCUGAGGGGCAAGGAGUUUCUGGUCCUGGCUCUGCCAGGCUUGGUGUGGAAACAGCUGGCAGGAGAGGAAGUCAGCUGGAGCAAGGACUUUGCUGCUGUGGACUCAGAGCUGGUGAAGCUCCUGGAGGUGCUGGAGACAUUUGAGUUCAAGUUUGGGAAUGAGCUGACCUACACAACGGUGCUGAGCGACCAGCGCAUGGUGGAGCUGAUCCCCCGCGGCAGAAGCACUGUGGUGCGCUAUGAAGAUCGCAAGGAGUUCAUCCGCCUAGUGCAGAAGGCCCGGCUGGAGGAGAGCAAGGAGCAGAUUGCGGCCAUGCGGGCUGGGCUGCUCCGUGUGGUGCCCCAGGCCAUGCUGGACCUCCUCACCUGGCAGCAGCUGGAGAAGAAGGUCUGCGGGGACCCUGAGAUCACAGUGGCUGACCUGAGGAAGUUCAUCACGUUUGAGGACUUUUCCCCCAAGGACUCCCGCGUUGAGAUGUUUUUGGAGGCGCUGAACAACUUCACCAAGGAGGAUCUCAGCCGCUUCCUCAAGUUCGUCACUGGCCGGAGCCGCCUCCCCGUGCAGAUCACCAUCUACCCGGAAAGGUCAAACUCAAAAACGCUGGACCUGAUGCCGGAGGUCUCCACCUGCUCCUGCACCUUCUUCUUGCCCACAUACUCCUCGGCUAAGGCCUGCGAGGAGCUGCUGCGUUAUGCCAUCUACAAUUGCAUGUCCAUCGACAUGGACAAGAACACCUGGGAUGACUGAGGGCCCCAUGGGGCCCGCCGGUGUGGGGAGUUGCUCUGCCAAUCAAGAGGAGUCAUCGACCUCCGGGGACACCAGAUUUAAUAAAACCGCUGGUCGGAGGCCCUGUUCCCUCCAUCCAGCUGUAGAUUGUC